GCGCUCCCGAAACUCUCCGCUUCCCGGCGCUCGCAGCUGCCCGCCGUCGGCGUCUCGGGCCACGCGGUGCGAGGGAGCAUGGACGAGCCCUGUGAUGUGAAGUACAAAACGGUGGCCAGCCCCGUGGGGCAGCUCGAGCUCUCCGGCUGCAAGCAGGGUCUGCACGGGAUCAGGCUGCUCGGCAGGAAGACGCCGGACGCUGACCCCACGGCGGCUCCCGCUCCUCCUGAGCCGUGUGGCAGCGCAGAGGAAACGACUGAUCCCCUGCAGGAGUGUGCAGCCUGGCUGGACGCCUAUUUCCAGGAGCCCUCGGCCCUCCAGGAGCUCCCUGUGCCUGCUCUCCACCAUCCCAUCUUUCUGCAAGACUCGUUCACCCGGCAGGUGCUGUGGAAGCUGCUGGAGGUGGUGAAAUUCGGCGAAGUGGUUUCUUACCAGCAGUUAGCAGCCCUGGCGGGCAGCCCCAAAGCCGCACGGGCGGUGGGCGGAGCCAUGAGGAGCAACCCUGUCGCCAUUCUCAUCCCGUGCCACCGCGUGGUGUGCAGCAGCGGAGCCCUGGGCAACUACUCCGGAGGGCUGGACGUGAAGGAGUGGCUCCUGGACCACGAAGGCAGCCUGGCGGGGACAUUGGCCCGUGCAGGGGGCACCCGUCCAGCCCGAACCUGGCGUGGGGCCCUGGGGGACAUCAGCUCCAAGCCCACCGGCCGAAACUAACUAUGUGUGAUAGGAGUACGCGUGUGACACGUAACUAACAACACGUAGCAGGUGUCUGUGUAGAGGCUCCGCCACAUUAAAGAAGCUGCCGUGUCUUGGGA